GUCAAAAUAUGGAAGUUUUUGGGGAUGGAGGUUGUUGUAUAUCUAAGCUCUUCAUUAUCCAUAAGUAGAGCAAUUUACACUACUCCAAAACUGCCUCAUUCCAAACUGUAGCAGAGAAAAAAUAUAUGGUUGCAGGGGAGCCAGAAGGAGGCGGCGGUGGGUGGAGAUCGAUGGGGAACUUGCUUCUCCGUGUUCUCACCGGCCGGUGGUUCAUGGUCUUCGGGUCCCUUCUCAUCAUGGCCAUGGCCGGCGCCACCUACAUGUUCGGGCUCUACUCCGGCGAGGUCAAAUCCGCCCUCGGGUACGACCAGACGACCUUAAACUUGCUCAGCUUCUUCAAAGACCUGGGAGGCAACGUCGGGAUAAUCUCCGGCCUGGUCAACGAGGUCACGCCGCCGUCGGUGGUCCUCCUCACCGGAGCAGUCAUGAACCUGUUCGGCUACUCCAUGAUCUGGCUCGCCGUGACGCGGCGCGUGGCGAAGCCGAAGCUCUGGCAGAUGUGUCUCUACAUUUGCGUCGGAGCCAAUUCCCAGACGUUCGCCAACACCGGAGCUCUGGUCGCCUGCGUGAAGAACUUCCCGGAGAGCAGGGGCGUCGUUCUGGGACUGGUGAAGGGGUUCGUCGGAUUAAGCGGCGCAAUCAUCACGCAGCUGUUCCACGCCUUCUACGGCGACGGCGACCGGAAAUCUCUCAUCUUGCUCAUCGGAUGGCUGCCGGCGGCCGUGUCCUGCGUUUUCCUCAGGACGGUCCGGUACAUGAACCCGGUCCAGCAAACUGAAAACGACGCCAAAGUCUUCUACAAAUUCCUCUUCAUAUCCCUCGGCCUGGCCGGGUUUUUAAUGGCCAUUAUCAUUGUCCAAAACAGAGUGGCAUUCACCAGGCCAUUAUACGUUGCGAGCGGGACAAUUGUCCUCAUUCUCCUCUUUGCCCCUCUCUUCAUCGUCUUCAAAGAAGAACUCAAAACCAAGCAGAGAGAUCCGUUGUGUUCAUCCGAAAAUCAAGAAAACCAGCCGCCGCCGGCGGCGGCUAUGGCUGGCGAAUCCAAGCAGGAGGCGGCGGGUGGCGGAGAUGGGUGUUUUAGAAAUGUGUUCAAUCCGCCACCGAGAGGGGAGGACUACACAAUUUUGCAAGCGGUGUUCAGCGUGGACAUGAUCGCACUGUUCACCGUCACGACGUUCGGGGUCGGUGGGACCCUGACGGCGAUCGACAACCUCGGGCAGAUCGGGAAGGCGCAAGGCUACAACGCCGAGAGCAUCACGACGUUCGUGUCGCUGGUGAGCAUAUGGAACUACCUCGGCCGCGUCGCGGCCGGGUUCGCCUCGGAAUUCCUGCUGGCCAAGUACCGAUUCCCCCGGCCGCUGAUGCUCACGGCGGUGCUCGUCCUCUCCUGCGGCGGCCACCUGCUGAUAGCCUUCGCCGUCCCGAACUCGCUCUACGUGGCCUCCGUGAUCGUGGGGUUCUGUUUCGGGGCGCAGUGGCCGCUGAUCUUCGCCAUCAUCUCCGAGAUCUUCGGGCUCAAGUACUACUCCACGCUGUACAACUUGGGCGGGGGGGCGAGCCCGGUGGGGGCCUACUUGCUCAACGUGCGAGUGGCGGGGCAUUUGUACGACAGGGAGGCGGCCAGACAGCGGCUGAUCGUCAAAGCCGCGGCGGCGGGUGAGGAACUGAGUUGCGUAGGGGCGGAGUGUUACAAAACGGCCUUCCUGAUAAUCACGGCGGCGACGGUGGUUAGCGUCCUUGUUUCUUGCGUAUUGGUGGUUAGAACAAGAAAGUUUUACCGAGGGGACAUUUACAACAGGUUCAGAUCGGAGCAAGGUGGUCGGGGGUUGGAGAUAAUAAUGGAGGGAAGUCGAUCAUGAUGUGGAACCCGGAUCUAGUCAAUUAUAGGUGGACUCGCACCCAUUUCAAUUUGUCUAGACUUGCAUCAAACUAAUUUUCAGUCCCCUCCCAUAACACUUUCAACUCUAUCAUUAUUCAUUAUUUUUAAUUUAAAAUUUUUAGAAAAAAAUAGUUAUAAUUAAAAUAAAAACGCUAAUAAAGACAUUCUUUAUUAAAAAACAAAUACACUGAAGCAAGAAAUCGAAAUAACCGAAUACAAUAAGAAAUAAAAAAGGGAAAGAGCCUUUGUUUAGAGUGAAAUAGAAAUAGAUGAAGGUGCCAAGG